AUGCGGCUGUUUAUGGCCUUAGUAGCAGUCAUUUUCAGCGUCGAUUCCACAGGUCAUCGCAUUCUAGUUGUAAUCCUGAGAGAUCACCUGCUCCAUGGUACUUCACCAGGAUCUCUCUCAUCUCCUCAUACCGAUCCUUAA